CGUGGCAGAUGCUCUGAUAAAGCUCGAUCCAGAGGACGGGCCGCAUUUCGUGGAGUAUUUUCAAACUCACGCCAUGUUGUCAAGAGAGAAAGCACAGCUUCAGGCGUCGGUCAGAGAUCAGAGGAAGCUGCUGGUUGAGAACGGGAAACUAAAGAAAGACAUCGAGCAGCUCAAAACUCAGCUGCAGGACAAACAGAAGAGACGCACCGCUAAGGUUCUGUUCUCCCCGGCCCCGCCUCCAACGACUACAAGCCCCGCCCCCAACACAGAAACAGCUGCUGUUCCCAAUAAUCCUCCUCGCCUCUCCUCCCAGGACCGGAGAGACAGACAAAGCAGGAGGAAGAGAGGAGACAGGAAAGCUCGUCCUUCUUCUGACUCUCUCUCUUUGGUGGCGGAGCCUCGAGUCGACGUGUCUCGACUGGAUCUGCGAGUCGGACGGAUCCUCAGCGUCCGGCCCCACCCAUUGGCCGAGACGCUGUCCGUACAGGAAGUGGACGUCGGAGAGGACGCACCCCGAACCGUCGUCAGCAAGCUGGGAGCUCAAACAGACCUCGAGGAGCUGCAGGGUGUUCUCGCUGUGUUGCUAUGCAACGUGAAGGCCUGUAAACUGAGGGGCGUGGCUUCUAAGGCCCGCCUCCUCGUUUGCUCCGCCUCUGAUGGUGACAUCAUUGAGCGACUGACCCCGCCCACAUGCUCCGACCCAGGGGACAGAGUCACCUUCCUCAACUACCCUGGUGAGCCGGACAAAGAGCUUCAGUCCAAACAGAGGCUUUGGGAGAUUCUUCAGCCCGACCUGCAGGUGGACUCAAAGGGAGUCGCCAACUAUAAAGGCUGUGGGUUCGAGGUGAAAGGAAAGGGUCUCUGCCGAGCCCCCUCCCUCACCAACUGCAACAUCAAAUAGAUGAAAUAAGGGGUCCUAACAUACAGGAAAAUACAUGCUGUGGACGUGAUGUGAACCAGAGGUCUUUUAUUGUGAAAAGCCGAGAAUUAAACAAUAAAAAUCUGCUGCUGACGGCCACUUAGCUAGUAAGUAGCUAGUACCGUUAGCUCACAAAGGUUGUAUAAAGGUGUAUUCAUUAAAACAUUUUGAACUAGUCUGUUUCCAUGGGUGUU